AUGCUCCCACGGCCAUCGCUGGUGCUAUGCGUAUGUUUGGGAAGACUCGAUCGUGCGCGUGGUAGGUGGGAAAGGAAAGAACCUUGGUCAAGCACGGUUAGCCUCAACUCUGAUCAAACAUCCCCAAAGCAUCAUACUCACUUUCGAGAUUGUGUUCCAAGCUUUCUCCACAGCCAUAAGUCUGGAUGUACACCGUCCCUGCUUAUCUGGAGAAGAUGCACAUCUGCUAUCAGUGCUCACGCUGUGCUGCAAGGUCGUACAGCUCACGGGUCAGCCCUGACACACGGAGGUGCCGCACCUGCAUGCCGGACAGUCUUGUUGGUUGUUAAGAGAAAUGCCUGCCUAUCUGUCAAACUGGUUCGGGGCGCGGGGAGUACUAGGAGGUGUUUGCUAGGGUCGCAGCCAAACCCUGCUGGUAGCUCUAUGCUACCUGACGCACCUGCCGUACGGUGCACUUGCAGUGCGUGCCUGUGCCGUGCCAUCGAAGCCCGUCGUCCUUGA